AUGGCUGAGUCAUCAUCUUCAUCGGGUUCUGCAUCGGAUGUAGAGCCUAACGAUCCCAGCAUGUACAUCAUACCUGGGCCGUACAGAUGGGACGUCCUUUGUAAGAGGACGCAGCGUGCUCAUAUUUCACAGCGAGUGUGGAAUACGGAGCAUGUCAGAAAAAUAAAGACCAGGCGUGGGAAGCCAUGUGGGGGGCCACCUACCGGCGCUAUCCCAGAGGUACUCGCAGACUACCUGACACAGGCCGGAUUCAUACAUAUUGCCCGGAUGCGACGUAUUCAGAUGGAUGCCCCUUUAAUUAGUGCUCUGGUGGAGAGGUGGAGACCAGAGACACAUACUUUCCACAUGACACAAGGAGAGAUGACUAUCACCUUGCAAGAUAUGGCAGGUAUAUUGGGCUUGCCUACUGACGGGGAUGUUGUCACCGGAUCCAACUCUGAGGAUUGGCCCGCUGCUUGUGGGGCUGUAUUUGGGGUGGUUCCACAACCAAAUGAGUUCCAUAAUUCAGGCGACUUGCGUAUCUCAUACUUAGAUCGGUUAUAUACCCGGUGGACUGAUCAUUCUGGGGAUCAUGAUGUCGAGAUCUACUUCACAAAGGCGCACAUUGCCAGGAUGCUGGGUUCUUGGUUGCUGGCGGACAAGUCUGGAGGCAGCAAUUUCGGUUGUCGGCUAGUCCCGAUGCUUGGGGGAGGAUUUUAUGAUAUUGGCCGAUACAGCUGGGGAUUUGCGGUUCUGUCACACCUUUUCAGGAAUUUGUGUGAAUUGACAGAUGUCGGUCAAUCUGACAUGGGUGGUUGCCAUAUUCUCCUUCAGAUCUGGGCAUGGAUACGAUUCCCACCUAUUGCUCCGCUGCUUCCUCCUCAUCCAGAGCCAGACACGCAUUAUGGAUGCCAGUUUAAUACAGUGGCAAAGUUUAAACCUCAUGAGGUCACUCAUUAUCGGGCUACAUUGGAUACACUUUGUAGAGAUGAG